AUGAAAACUACCGUGAAUAACCCAGACGCCGUCCCCCCUCUUCCCGUGUAUUCUCACGCGACGAUCUGCAAUGGGAUGGUGUAUGUCUCGGGAAGUAUCGGCUGCGACAAAGAAUACAAGCUCCAAGGUGACGUGAAGGACCAAACACGCGCUGCUAUCGGAAACAUGCGAAAGAUCUCGCAGGCAGCAGGAGCCGACUUCGAGAACGUAGUGAAGGUGAACGUGUACCUGACGAACAUCCAGAAGGACUUUCCCUUGAUGAACGAGGUGUAUCAUGAGCAUUUUCCCACCAACCCGCCAGCGCGUACGUGCAUCGGAGUCGCUGCUCUGCCUUUAGGUGCAGAGGUUGAGGUUGAGUGCAUCGCCGAGAAGCCUUGA